UUCAACAAACUAGUCGAUUAUGUAGUUUAUUUCGCUACACAGUCUAUAUUUACAAAAACAUGGAACCACGUGUAGAGCUGUCAAAAGAAAUUAUAUUACUUUUAAAUCGACUCCCAACUCUAAAAUACAACAGAAACGAAAAUAAGGUUCAAUGCUGUCUUUCCGGUCAUGAGAUGCCAUGCAAAUUGGACAUAAUUAAUAGUUAUGUUAAUGGAAAGAAGUUUCAGAAACUUCAAGAGAGGGAUGACCAACUGUUUGAAAAAUAUAAGCCACAUCUGGAACCCAGCACAAAGAAACACCAUGAGCACCAGUUAUUUUGCAAGCUCACUUUUCGUCAUGUGAACAAGACAGUCACCCACGUUGAUAGACAUGUGAAUGGCAAGAAAUACACGCGAGCUUUGGCAAGAUGGGAGGAAUGUCAGAGGAAUGGCACUGAGUUCAAACCACCGCGGGGCCGUAGGAAGGUUCAGGACCGGGAUCUUGGCAAGGGGAAGAACUCCGUGAAAGAUGCAGAUGACGAGGGUGACAUGAGUGAAACAGACAGCCUCAGUGACCUGCAUCCUGCGGGACAACCAACUGAUGAUGAGGAGGAUGAAGAUGAAGAAGAUGAGGAUGAAGAAGAUGAGGAUGAAGAAGAUAAGGAUGAAGAAGAUGAUGAAAACAAGGCCGUAGACAGCUCAUUAGAGGAUUCAGACUUUGAGUUUGAAGACUUAGGAAACACAGAAGAAAACAGUUUAAAAAUGAAAGCAGAUAACUCACAGACUGAUGGAAAGAACACUAAUACAAACUUGCAAGAGAAUGAUUCAGUGACAAAUAGUGGACCAAAACGAGUGAAGAAAGGUGACAACAAGAAAAACAAGUGGCACAAGAGACAGAAAAAAGCUUGAAUGGACAUAAUCAUACAAGAACCUGAUUCAAGUGCGUCAGGGAUAGUACAGAAUAUGCUGACGACCAUCAUGCUUCAGUGAUAUAACUGAGUAUGCCUAAGGCAUUAAUGCAUCAGUCAAUUUUAACUUGGUUAAUAUUGUUAAGUAUAAAGUUAAAAGUAACAUGCAAGGUGUCCCAAGACAAAGGAACCAUUUAGAUUUGAAUAGGAUUGCACUUUAAUGAAAUUCAAAAUUUAAGUAAAUGAAAUUGACCUGGUUUUAUGUUCAGGUUAUUGUUAACAUUCUCUGUCUUAGUUUUCCGUAAAAAAAGUCAAUUAUAGGCAUGAUAUAUUUCACAUUUAAAAAAAAUGCACAAAAGCAUAUACUUGCAUGUUGUAAAUGUAUUUAUUUUGCUAUAAUUAACAACAAAUGCUACAUGAAUAAUUUUAUAAAACUGCAAUAAGACACACAGUAAACAGUUGUACUAUAUACAAUGUUAAUGACCUCCUUGUAGAGGAACAUAAAACGUAUGCCUUAUGAGAUUGGUCCUUACAACACAUCAACAAAAUGUAUGCUGUACUCAAUCAAAAUAUAAAAAUAAGGCAGUUUAAAUGCCAUCAUAAUGUGGAUUUAAUUUCAAAUAGUAAGACGUAAAUGUACAUACGGAAGAGAAAUUGAGUUACUUUUUGCGCUUAGCAAGUAUUUAAAUAUUGUAUUUUUUGUCAUCAAUCGCUUUCUAUGACAAUUGAUAUACUACACACUGUCACUGUUUUAAAGGUUGGUUAUAAACUGGGUUCAUUAA